UCCUCAUACCAUACGUGUUCAUCCCAAAACCCAGGCUGCUGCUUUUUCUCCGUUGAUUUUGCAGAUCCAGCUACCGAACGCUGCCUAAUUUUGCUGAUGGAAAUCGUCGGAUCUCGCGGGAAAUCCUCGGUGUCGUCCGCAGGCGACGCUUUCACGGAUAUUCAGCUCUAUCGGUCGGCGCCGGAACUUGAAGUCCGGCUCGAAGAUUUCGAGCUUUACGCUGUUCACCGUCUUCGAGUUCUCAAAGGCAUUUCGGAUGGAUUAUCCCGUGGGAAGAAACCCAAUGAGAUGGAAGAUUUGGUAAAUGAGUUAUGGGAGGUAAACAUGAAGCGUUCAGAAGCAUCUGAGUUUGUCAACAAGGACAUCAUUUCCCAUUUUGUUUUGCGGCUUGUCUACUGCAGAGAGGAGGAAUUAAGGAAAUGGUUUCUAUCCAUGGAGACUACACUGUUUCGCUAUCGUUUUCAACGUGAAUCUCCUGAAGCCCAGAGGGCAUUAUUGGCAGAGUUUAACCUGCCUUAUAAAGCCGUAAGCAGUGCAGAAUAUGAGAGUGUGAAAGACAAAUUGAAGCAAGCCGCGCGCUCCUCUGGUCAAUCUGUACCCAGUGCUGAUACCAUAUUCUACAAGGUGCCAUUUGAACAAGUUCCUGAUCUUGUAGCAAGUCGCAGAGUAUUUAUCCUGAAGGGUUAUGCCUAUGUUGCAAUGAAUCAGGUGGUUUCCCUCCUCAUGACACAAUACCGCAGCAAUCUUUCUAAAGCACUCGUAUUGACAAACAGAAAAUGGACAUCUAUGAUCAGAGAGCAAGAGAAGGACCGGCUGACUCCUAUUGUUGAAGCUCUAUCCACAAGUUAUUUAGGUCCUGACUAUAGCCAGCCAAUAGAAUGUGCAGACAUAUCAUUGAAGGACAUUGAUCAGGUCGCCAAAAGUUCAUUCCCUCUCUGCAUGCGCCAUUUAUUUGAGAAGCUUAGGGAGGAUCAUCACUUGAAGCAUGGAGGGCGUAUGCAACUGGGUCUUUUUCUCAAGGGUGUUGGACUCAAGUUGGAUGAUGCCCUUGCAUUCUGGAAAGCAGAAUUCUCUAGAAAGGUUGGUGCUGAAAGGUUUGACAAGGAAUAUGCAUACAGCAUACGUCACAAUUAUGGAAAAGAAGGGAAGAGGACGGAUUACACACCCUAUUCAUGUCAAAAGAUAAUAUCUUCUACACCAGGUGUAGGAGAUCAUCAUGGGUGUCCUUAUCGUCAUUUCAGUGAGGAGAAUCUGAGAGCAGCACUUAAUAAGAUGGGAGUAGGCAAUCGUGCUGUUGAGGAUGUCAUGGAUAAAGUGCGGAGUAGACAUUAUCAGCUAGCAUGUACCUUGACGUUUGAAGCUGUUCAUGGGGCAUCUUGUGAUGCGGGAAUUAAUCAUCCAAAUCAGUACUAUAUUGACAGCCAAAAAAUUCUGGAAUCAAGGAAAAAUUCCAAGGGUAAUUAGGAAGUUUUUUAGCAUUGGACGAAUCCCCUGUAUUGUUGCCACAUAUUACUGUGAGCCACUGUCUUGCUGUCGUGCGUUUACAAAUGUGCUAUUGCGUGCACUUUGCUGAUCAGAGUAUCUCCAACAUGCCGAAGUCUAUUCUGAUUGCCUGGUACCCCUCUUUCUGUGUUUCUAACACUAGGAAAACCAAAGAAGGAAAAUGACAUAACAGCAGAAAAGCGAUCCACGAUAUAGCAUUUCUGCUACUAGUUUGCUCAAGUUGUUGCUGCGUAGCUGGUAGUUUUCCAUUUAUUGUACAAGUUACAUAAGCAAUGUAUUACUGUAAGUAGGAUUUUAGAUUUGUUUGUAGAAUGUGAAUAUGAAUAUCAUAUUUUUGCAUGUACUUUAUAUCAUGACUAGCGCACGAACCUUUCA